AUGCAUCGCCAUAACCACACUCCCGCCUGGUUACUGACCACCAAAGGGUUUCCCAAUCCAGCAUUCCUCCCCUCCUCGACUCGCCCGCUUCAGCAAUGGGAAAUGGGACCUGAUGGUGUUACGAGGGAAAGUCCCGUGAUGAGUGACCCCGUGAUGAGUGACGACCCCAGCAGAUGUGGGUAUCCUUCCCUGCCUGCUAUAACGACCCCUAAGGGGAGUUCUUCGGGUUGGGAUACAGAGAUGAUUACCGACGAUGGCAGCAACCACUCAAGGGACGUUGAAGGUGCGGCCCAGGAGAUGGGACGGAUGAGUAUCGACAUUUCAAACUUUGAAGACGAUGCGGAGAUGGAUAUGACAGAUUAUGACGGCGACACAGAGAUGUAG